AUAUUACAAGUGGUAAAACUAAACCCUAUUCUCAAUUUCUCAUCCUCAUUUUGAAACUCCCAAGUGAGUCCCAGCGGCGCCUCCCUUUCCUCCCUCCCUCCCAGCCGAAACCCUAGUUUCCUCCUUCCCUCCCAGCCGCGCGGCGCCUCCUCCACACUUCCCAGCCGGCAGCCGGCGCCUCUCUAACCAGCGACCACCCCCAGCGCCUCCAUUCUCUGCACGACUGGCAGACCAGGACGGCAGCGCAGCACGAGCAGACCCGCCGGCCGCCCCCCGCUUCUGACGUCUCCAGCACCGCAGCACGAGCCAGACGUCGUCCAGACCAGCCAGACGGCAGCGCAGCACGAGCAGACCCGCCGGACCGCCGCUGAAGCCUGACGCUUCCGAUUUCGAAAGUAAGUAUAGAAAGUGAUUGAAGCUGUAAUGGAUGUAAUGGCUGUAAUGGAUGGAAGCGACUCAAAGCGGCCCUGCAGAAAACAAAAGCGUAAACGGAAACAGGUUGACGACAGGAUAAGUAAGCUGUCUGAAGACAUAAUCCUUAAGAUGUCGGAUUUGUGGAAAGACACCUCUAAACUCGAUUUUCAAAACACCGAUUGCACUUUCAAAACUGAAAUUGAGCACACUUCAUGGGAUGCGGAGAACUGCAAGUAUGUGAAAAUGGUAAAUUCGGCUAUCGAAUCGCAUCAAUCCCCCUGCUUGCAAUCUUUCAUCCUCCAAUUCUACGUAAACAAAUCAGGCAAGAGCGCAGUCGCCAAAUGGCUGGAGUUUGCAUGGUCGAGACGAGUAGAGUGUUUGAUGUUCAACUUCCAAUGUAGGAGACCAGAGUCUAUGCUUGUCCUAGAAGAGCUGUUGGCAGAGAUGAGACCUAUGAAUUACCUCAAGAGAUUGUGUCUAACAGGUAUGAGAGUGGGUGGUGAAGCCAUCUCAUUGAUCCUGCGUAAUUGCCCUAUGUUGUUGGACCUGAAUAUCAGAGUGAGGGCGGAUUUGACGUCUGAUGUUCAUGUCUGCGGCGGCGCAGCCCUCAAGUUGAACAGGUUGAGGAUAAGCUAUUAUUGCCCAGAAUCCACAAAAUCCGUCUAUAUUUCUGCUCCAAAUCUUACCAUGGUUAAUCUCACUGCAACAAAACGGGGGAAGCUGUUUUUCGAGAAUGUUCCGAAGCUUGUUCAUGCGGUGUUUACUGUCGGAUAUGCAAGAUAUAUUGGGCAGAAUUUUGUUCCUUGCAUCAUCUCCCAACUGCAAAAGCUCACCUUGGAGCUCUAUUAUUCUAAGAAGCAUUUGGCGAAAUGGUUUCCGCCUCAAAUGCCUAAUCUCAAGGAGUUGGUCCUUGUGGAUAAUGGAGUGUAUGAGCACGGUUGUCUCUUGCUGGUGAAGGCUUUCAUAUCGGCAUUGCCUCGUCUUCAAAAAUUCGAAUUCGUGUUUCUUGACAAUGCAACAUCACACGAAAGAUUUAGAUGUCCGCACCAACAUUUGAAAGUGUUAAAGUUUCAAGGGUCUUGUGCGAGGCAUAUCAUCGAACUGGUGACGCGCGUUUCAGAUAAUUGCGACGCGUUUCAAGAAAUAAAUACUUGUUCUCCGCUUAUGGGUAAAGUUGAGGUGGAAGCUCACAAGAACCAUCUCAAACAGCUUGGACUCGAAUUAUCUCAUCACAUCCAAUUCAAGUUUUUUAAGUUCACAUAAUAGUACUCACUCCGUCCCAAAGGAAAUGUCCUCCUUCUUUUGGGCACGGUUAUUAAGGAUGCAUAAUUUGCCUAAUCUAGUAGAAACUGAAAUGAUGCAUAAUCUGUCAUUGAAUCUUAUAUGCUGCCUAAUAUAGUAAAAACUGAAAUUUCCUUAAUAUUAUACUAGAUUAGGCAUAUUAUGCAUCCUUAAUAACCGUGCCCAAAAGAAGGAGGACAUUUCCUUUGGGACGGAGGGAGUACUACUUUGAUGUAUGGAAUAUUAAAGUUUUAUUUAAAAUUUUGUUGGAAUUUUGGAAGUUUUAUUGGAGUUGAAGACCUGAACAAACUAAAAGAAAAAAUGACAUGUUUUAGCAAAAUUCUGAUUACAUUGUAAGAGACUGGAAUUAUCAUUGCAUAGAUUUCAGAUUCAAAGUAUGAUUAAUAGUCUUUAUUUA